GACUGAAAACAGUGUGGUCGACUCAAACGCACUGCAUGUGAAACCUUUUUCUUUUUAAUUUUAGCUUCGUGAAGAAAAUACAUUUCUUAAUUAUCGAUUUGAUGUAAUCGGGUUAAUUAAAUUCGUAAACCCAGCUCGGUUUGAAUGCGUCAGAUCCGUGUCAGAUCCGUGUUCCUGGUAGCUUUUGUCCAUCUUGACGCUUCUCGUAAAACAUCAUGUGGAAUACAGGUAUCUCUUGGACAAAAUGAGGACUAUUAUUAGUAAAACAACGUUUUUAUGUCUCUUCCUGUUGGUCAUGGACGGUGUGUUUGGUGCUGCUCCAGAUGUAAUGAAGUCGGUGACUGAGGGAGAUUCUGUCACUCUAAACACUGAUGUUACUGAACUACAGAGAGAUGAUCAGAUACUGUGGAUGUUUGGACCUAAAGAGACCCGUAUAGCUGAAAUCUAUAAGCUUGUGAUUGAUAUGUUUAACAGUCAUGAGAUAUUUGGAGACAGACUGAAGCUGGACAAUCAGACUGGAUCUCUGACCAUCAGAAACACCAGAAGCACAGACUCUGGGCUUUAUAAACGACAGAUCCGCAGCAACAGAGGGAACUCAGACAAGAUAUUUAAUGUUACCGUCUAUGCUCCUCUUCCUGUUCCUGUCAUCAGCAGUAACUCUUCCCAAUGUUCUUCAUCAUCCUCAUCCUCAGAGCAGAAAUGUUCAUUGGUGUGUUCAGUGGUGAAUGUGGGUCAUGUGACUCUCUCCUGGUACAAAGGAAACAGUUUAUUGUCCAGCAUCAAUGUGUCUGAUCUCAGCAUCAGUCUCUCUCUACCUCUGGAGGUGGAAUAUCAGGAUAAAAACAGCUACAGCUGUGUGUUAAACAAUCCCAUCAGCAACCAGACUCAACAUCUGGACAUCACUCAGCUCUGUAAAAUUUCAGAAUGCAGUUCAUGGCUGGUUGUAAUAAUCUGCGGUUGUUCUGCAGUAGUUCUGGCUAUGAUAGCAAUUGUGAUGUUCAUCCUUUACAGGAAAUACAGAAAAUCAAGGCCAAAAGCUGAAACCGUUCCGACAGACGAGAGUGAGGUAGUUUACGCAGAAACAACAUUUGUACCUAAUGAAAAAAACAAGAAGGCUAAUGGGACAGAAGAGACGAUAUACUCCGCCGUCAAAAAACACUGAUCAAACAAGCAGAAGUCUCUCAUUUCACCACAUUGGCUUUAUACGCCUGCAUCUGUCAGUAUUACUGCACUUGAUCGAGGAGAUGAAAACAUGAUUUGUCCUGGAUUUUAUUUGCCUUUUAACUUCAAAUAAUUUUUGGGAGGAAUUUUGUGGUCCAAACAACAUUCAGCCGCAUUCACUCUUACUGUAUAAAAUGUGUAUUUAAAAUAUUGUAUGAAAAACAAAAUAUCUUCAUAUGUUCACCAUUAGACUGAACUUUUUUUGCUUGUUUCGUUUUUGGGUUUUUUUGCAUAUCCAAAUUCCCCUCUGGCUAACAAAUCUAUAUUUUGCAUGUAGACGGAGCAAGAAUUAAAAUGGCUAUUAAAAUCAACUGACUUAAUUCAGAAAUUACUACAUUCUUGUACAAAAGGAUUUUUCUAUGUGAUGCAAUAAAAUGUAGAAACGUUCAUGCCUUGUUUAUGCUCUUUCAGCUUGUCUGAUAAACAGAAUAACUGGCAGUUAUUCAUGUCCUCAGGGUUUUUAUGUGAAGCCACAGGACUCUGCCCCAACUCAUGCUGUCAUUCCAGUAAUUCUUAUCUUUCUGCCCUGUAUCAUAGCACUGCAAGUCAUUACAUGUCUCAUCCUACACUAUACCGCUUUACUCCCACAGGCUUUGUGCUGCAUCUGAUGAAAUUUAACCCUGAUCUGUGCUGUUUGUUUGUGUUAAACUUUAAAUUUUUUUUGUUUUUCCCUUUUCAUUGUCAUUAGUGUUUUUAUAGAAAUCCCAACGUUCCAGAAAAUCAGAAGUCAGUUAUUUCCAGAAAUAAAGAGUUUGAAAUUUAACUCAAAUUACAACACUGUUUAUGAAGGUGUUUGUUCAUGCUUUAGGUCAGUGACUUUCAAUGUGUUUGUAAAUUAAUACAAUUUGUAAAUAAAAUUCAGUGUGUUAACUAGACCCCAGGGUGAGUAAAAUAUGAUUUUUAGAAUAAACACUUAAUUUAUUUGGUUAUGACACACUGCCUCUUUAAAAUGGUGAAUCACACAGUUUUAAAUGAGUAGUUAACCACUGUAUUAGAAGCACGUUUGCUCUAUUUACAUCACGAAGUGGAUGUGAAUUCGAUUGAACAAUUAUGAGUUACUGCCUCCUUGUGUCUGCAGAAGAGAAUGGCGUGAGUGAGGUUGUGAUGCUGGCUUUUUCUUGUUCACGCCCAUUCUAGAUCUGACGUAA